AAUAUACCUUCUUAACGACUAAAUUGAACAUUUUCUUUUACUUUUAGCCAACUGUAAAGCGACUUUUAGCAUUUUUGACCCUCGCGAAUUGCUAUACUUUUGAAUCAGGAAGUACAACAGCGUUUAUUCGCUCCACAACAACAUGGGGUGAUUCCGUAUUUUUUCGACAGUUUUGCAAGAAAUUCAGCCGCAUUUUUCAGCUAUGGCUCCUGACGAAGAAGAGUUGACAGUUGGGAAACCCAAGGAAGUGGACAUGAUCACAUCAAUCCGUUGCCUUGGUUACCUGUCGAGCCUUAAUCUCCUGGUGGCUGUAUGCGUCGGAAUGUAUGUCCGAUGGGAGGUGACGAGCGAACCGAUGAUCCUUGUCAUCUUCAUCCUGGGUCUUUUCGUCCUGGGAAUCGCGAGCAUCCUUCACUACUACUUUGGGAUGGAGCAAGUCAGCUUGAGCCUGUUCCAUUUGUGGUUUGGCUUCCUGCUCGGGCUCCUGUGCUUCCUCAACAGUCCUGCUUUGGAUUCCAAUGUCAAGGAAGUGGUUGCCAACUAUCUCCUGUUGGCUAGUGUGGUCAUGAAAGCAGUAUGGGCUGUGACUGAGCGUAUAUGCCAGUCCAUUCGCUAUAAAGCCUGUUUGCUGAAGUCCACAGAGUUCCUGGAACUGCUCGGGUUUGCUAUCGCUAGCACCACUAUGCUGCUGAACAAGUCAGUCGCCAUUGUUGGACUCAUGGUGGCUCUGGGCGCGCUUGUCGUGGACUUGAGGAUGAAGUCACUAUUCGCUUUGCCCAACCUGGUCAGCUUUGCGCUUGUGACCUCCCUGGUGUUUUUUCAAGCCUUGGGCAUCGCCGCCAACCCCUUCGCCUUAGGGUGCUACCUCGGCAGGCUGUUGAGCGAGCCGGUUUUGGACGUGUACUUCAGCCCACUUGGCGCCACCGACCGCUGGACACCUGUGCUCACUUUGAGCAAUAUGUGGAGGCGGUUGUCCCUCCCGCCGUUGAGCCUUCUGGAGCUGACCUUCAUUGUCCUGGCGGCUUUUAAGCUCAGCCACUUGGAUCUUUGGUAUUUGGUGAUCCCAGGCUUUUGCCUCUUCGGCCUCUUCUGGUCCAUCUGUCACGUCAUUCUUCUCAUCACAAUAUGGGGCUUCCAUACCAAGCUGAGCGAGUGCCAGAAGGCCUGGCGGGCACAGCGCUCUAGCAGCCGCAGCCUAGAUCAGGUCAUGGCCUCCAGGGGAAUCCGACACUUUUGCCUCAUUUCCGAGCGCCUGGUGUUCUUCAGUUUGCUCUCCACAGUCAUAUUGGGUGCUGUAUCCUGGCAGCCGGCCAACGGUCUCUUCCUAAGCGCUCUGCUGAUUGUGCUGCCUUUGGAGUCGUUGGCGCACGGGCUGUUCCACGAACUGGGCAGCUGUCUUGGAGGCACCUGCGUCGGAUACGCUUUGGUCAUCCCCACGACAUUCUGCUGCGCUGAUGGCCAGGCCACCCUGCUGCCCCCGGAGCAGGCCCAGCAGUUGAACCUUCGCUCCACGAGCAUGCUGAACAACGUGCAGCGUCUCUUCUCGCACCACAUGAUCCAAACCUUCGGUUGCGACUACUCGGCUAGCGGCGUUACAUUAGAGACGUUGCACGCGAAGCUGCGCAACUUCCUGGAACUGCGGACAGUGGACGGCCCGCGCCAUGACACUUACCUAAUCUUCUACAGCGGACACACGGACAAGGGAAGCGGAGCCUGGGCUCUAGCAGGAGGUGAGAGUCUUCAUCUGGCCCAGCUUUUGGAGUUAUGGAAGGAGAAGAACGCAGGCCACUGCUCGCGUCUCAUCCUGGUCCUGGACACCGAAAACUCCCUACAAUGGGUCAAAGAGGUACGUAGGAUAGACGGGGUCUACAUAGCCGUGCAAACAACCGACCUAUCCGUCGUCGCACCCGACCCGGAAAUGGGCGAAUCGCCCGCACUCGGAGACUUCACUUCCGAAUGGGUUGAGUUCAACUGCAACCCGAACAGCGACACUCAGUGGUCAGACAAGGGACGCGGCAUGGCGGCGGUCUACGGCGUGUCCAAACGCUGGAGCGACUACACACUUCACCUUCCGACGGGUAGCGACGUGGCCAAGCAUUGGAAGACCCAUUUUCCCAAGGCGACGUAUCCCAUGGUGCACUUGUCCAACUGGUGCUGCGGCCUCAACCUGUUUUGGUUUUGCAGCGUGUGUUUGCGCUGCUUUCAGAGGUGCAAACUUGCUUGGUUCCCGCCAGCUGUUUUGGACACUGGGUUAGGUCUUAAAUUGGUGAAGUCGUAGAUGCGUUGAUCAUUUUUUCGCCAAAUCAUUUUGCUCGCAGUGCCUUACCAAAGUAUUUCGCCUUUUCCAGUUGAAUUCGAUCCUACAUUAUACAGUACGUUUCUAUAUUAGUUUUGCCUUUCAAACUACAGCCUCAUUUAUGCAAAUUUAUGGUGAUAGGCGUGGCCUCUAAUGCACAAAAUGACGCGUGCUUUGAAAUAGGUAAUGUAACCACUUAGCGUAGUCCGCGCUCUGUGCUGUGCAAGAGGUCCUUUGCUGUCACUUUCAAUCCAAAACGCUGAGAUGUUCAUUUUCUUGUCGUCAUUGUGACUUUGAAGAAUGGAAAAACGCAGGAAGUGAGACAAGAUUGAUAGUAAGUGAAAUUGAAAGUUUUUUUUUAGAACCGUAUUUUUCCGACAAUAAGUCGCACCUGAGUAUAAGUCGCAGGCCAUGCCGAACUGAAGAAAAGUGCGACUUAUAGUCGAGAAAAUACCUUUUAACGCUAAUUCUAAUAAUAAUUAAAGUUUAAAAUACUUGUAAGUGUAAUAUGAUCAAUGGACUUUCAGUUCUUUCUAUUCUGCUGCUUUAAUUAACCCAAAUGUUGGUGUAAAUAAUGUAUAUAAUGUUGAUUUUUGCUGCCUUGAUUUCACCACGAUGUGUACUUCUUCAACGGUUUGUGUCUUCCAUAAUACAAAUCACCUCAUCUUUUUCACUGAAGUUAUGCCAGAACAAAACUCAAUAAAGUUACGUUCACGUUCAUAUUGAUUGUGGUUCCAAUUUGGAGUUUCAUGCAUACAUUGUCUGUAUUUGUGAGACGUAAACUCAGCUUGUAUUUCUUUAAAAACAUGUUUGUUUAUUCGAAAGGGAAAAAAUGGUAAAUAUUCUCUGACUUCUGUAGUACUUGAUGAAAGAACAAUUUCAAUUGAGCAAGAAACAUGAAGUCAAUGCACAUAAUUUACAGUGCUGGCCAAAAGUAUUGGCACGCCUGCAAUUCUGUUGGAUAAUGCUUAAUUUCUUCCAGAAAAUGAUUGCAAUUACAAGUGAUUCAGUAGUAAUAUAUUCAUUCAUUUU